AUGGUUCUCAACAGCGUACACUCCGUAGGGCUAGGGAUCCAGGAAAUGGAGGCAGCCCAGCAGGUUGCCCUGCUAGUCUCGUCCGGUCAGACCUUCAAAGAUGCCGUUCACUCUGUCAAGGCUUCGAAGCCCGCCUGCCAUUCCUAUAUGGAUUUCGUAGGCGUCUAUGCCGUCUAUGUGCAAAAGUUUGGGGAAGGAACAGGAUUCCCCCUCAUCUCCUUUUUGUCGGAGUUCUGCAAGGAACUGUCGAUCACAGUCGCUGUCGGUGAAGAGCUGUUCAAGGCCGUGUGUUCGUGGGACCUGCAGGAGGCCAGUACCCAGUUCCCAUUUCUUCGAGCUUCGCUGCUCGCGUGCCAGCUGACGAGCCCAAAAAUUGUGGACGGAACUGCCCGGCUGCUUUCAAAGUCCGACUUUGACAAGCUGAAAAGCGCCAAUCUUCGCCAGAACCUCUUGCAAGCCGAGCAGAUGGUGGCUGAUGCCUACCAGGUGUACGUGGAUUCCGGGAAGACGACUGCCGUCCAACGAGCCUUGGGGCUCAUGAUGGUUCGCCUGACCUUGAUCUUGGUGAAAAAAGAGAAGCUGGGCCGUGAGAAGAUGGAGGUGUAUGAGAGCCCAGAGCACGUGGCCCAGCUCUUUGCCAAAGAAGCCAUGAGCAAUGCAGCCUCUGGCAGUGCGUGUGGGAGCGAUGCGAAAGACCAACAGGAUGAGCAGCAGGCCUUGAACCUUUUGGGUGGCUUGAGUGUAGGCGAGCAGGCUUUGUUGCAGAACAAGCACUUGAAGAAUGGAGGCAAGUACAUGCAUGCGGACCACCCAGACAAGAUCUUCGUUUACACGGGUCUCGAGAACGACGAGGCCCGAUUCGUGCAGCCCCCUGGCCUUUUCCGCAAGUGGAAAGCCACGAGGCUGCCACUUCCCAAAGUUUUGCCGCAGGAUGCGGCCGAAGGGCUCAUGUAUGGGAAGUCUUCCGUGUUGGCCGAGGCGGAGCUGCUGGCCGAGGCUCAACAGAUGCUCUUCAAAGUGUACAAGGACCACAACUCGGGCGAUUCGGCGACCUUGGACAUCCUCAGCCCUACGGCCAUUUACGCAUCGAGCAGUUUCGCGGCUCAGAAGCUGAAGCUCGUCCCCCUGGCAAUCUUGUCCAUUCGUGGAAUGGAAAGGCCGAAAGCCACGGAAGUUAUCGUCCCCUUCUACUUUGUGAAGACGACGUCCAAGGAAGAUGAGGUGACCAUGAAGAUUUCUUGGAAGACUCUGGAUGGGCUGACGCUGCCCCUGCUUACGAAUGUCAAGAAAAUCUCGGCCAAGAGUGUCUUGUUGCAGGCCAGCAAGGACUUGCUGGACAAGCAGGAGGGCAAGGGCUCCAGCAGCAAGAAGAGAAAGACGACGUGA